AUGUUAGAUGUUAAACAUAUUAGGAUCAUCCUUGUUCAUAUGUUGUUAUCUAUGUUGUUAGCUAUUCGCCUUUGUUUUCCAGACACAAACGCAAGAGAAUUUUGCUUGCAUUUCAAUAGCUCCGAUGUUCUUACAUUUAUUUAUUACUUUCAUUCUGCUUCUGCUUCUGUUUCUGCUACACAACACUGCACAAUAGCGUUGAAUUUUAAUUUUUUCAUACGUCACGUUUCUCAAAAUCUUCAACAGAACAUAACUCUAAUGAACAUUCAAGUUAGCACUUCUCAAAAUAAUUUCUUUUAUUUGCUUGCAAACUUUGUUUUAAAUGACAUCGAAAAUGCUGGGAAAAUAUAUAAUUAUGAGAACCUUCGCCACAACAACAUCAAUUUACCAAAAUCAAAUGAAUUCCAUUAUACUUCUUGCUUCAUUCAACCUUAUUUUACCCUGAAGACUAAUCAUUUACAGAGCAAAUAG